AUGGCGAGCAUCGACGAUGUCCUCGCCCGAUACCCCCAGUGGCACAGCAUCGACUCGUCGGCACACUCGUGGCAGCGGCGCGGCGCCGUCGGCGCGCACUUGCGGCAGCGCGUGCACGGCGACAUCGACCUGUCCAAGUGCGAGCCGGCCGCCUCGAUCUGGGACGUGGACUGGGCGGCGGCGACAAACUUCAAGCGGUCCGACGGCGGCCGGUCGAGCGGGGUGUACUUUGUGCUGCUGCCCGGCCAGCGCUGCGUGGUGGUCAAGCCCGACGCCGAGGUGGUGGCUGACUACUGCGGCCACCUCAUCGGCUCCGCGCUGGGUGUGCGCGCGCCCGAGAUGCGAUGUGUGCUCACCGCGAGCGAGGAGGGGCUCGCCCUCGAGGCGGCGCUCUCGCGGCUCGACGCCGCCAAGCCGCUCAAGCAGCGCUCCUCGCCGCCCGUCGCGGCCGUGCUGGCCGCGGUCCCGACCUGCCUUGUGAUGGAGUUCCCCCUCAUGGCUCCGCGCCUGGCCACACCCUUCCUCUGCGUCGCGCGAGGCGCGCCACGCGAGCUCUCGCCGUCUGGCCGCGAGCAGCUGCAGAUGCUCGGGCGCACGCUCGCCUUUGACAUCCUGAUUCACAACUACGACCGGCUGCGCUGCCUCUGGGGCCGCGACGGCGAGGCGCUGCCCUGCAUCUGGGGCAACGACGGCAACUCUGAGAACGUGAUGAUCGACGCCGAGGACCGGGUCGUGGCCAUCGACUCCAUGAUGAGCGCGUUCGACCCGCACGACCCGCGUUCGGCGCCCCUCUUUGGCGAGUACAAGCGCAAGGUGGCCGCGCUCGUGGGGGAGGUGUGCGCCUCGCCGCGCGCGCCGCAUGCCGCUUUUGCCCCCCUGCGGCUGCUGCUGCUGCACGGCAGCGGCGACGAGUCCAGCGAGGGCUUCAGCGCCGCCAUCGCCGACAUCGCCGCCCUGCCGCCCACGGCGUUCGCCGACCUGCCCGAGCUGCUGCACCUCUUCCUCGGAGGGCCGGGCGGGGGCGACACGCGGUGCAACCCGGCCUUCGUCGGCAGCAUCGCCGCCAUCUUCCGACGCGCGACCGCCCCGCAGGCGCGCGCGCAGGCCAAGUUCGGGCUGCACGCGCGCGGGGCGGCCGUACGGCCGGCCUGGCCCAGCCAGAUCGACUCGAGCGCCGCGCUGCGCGACGCGGGCCACGCGGCCCUGGGGCUGCGGCCCGGGGUCCGCGCAGCGGCUGUCUCGCGCGUCGAGAAGGUUGUGCUGAGCGAGCCGGAGGAGGGCGGCGGCGAGGACGCGCCCGCAGGGACGGGCUGCAGCUGCAGCUGCGUCCUGAUGUAA